GUCUCUAAUAAAAUUUAUCGAGCUAAGCCUUGGCUCGUUUGCACCCCCACGAGAAAGGAACCUACGGCAGUACGGCUAAACGGCCUAUUUCUCGAUCGACAACGGUUGUUUGAAAUUUCUCAUGGUGUUCCCGAUACAUGGGCGUUACGGCAGCUUCUGUACUGAAUCGUCUCCUCCAUAGAAACACCCACAAGCCCAAGACUCAACCCACCAACACCAAAGCCCUAACCAGAUCGAUCGCCGACCACCUGAACGCCGGCCAUCUCCGGGAAGCAGUGUCCGUCCUCUUCAAUUCCCUGGUACCCUUCCCUUUCUCUCUGUACUCCCGUCUCUUCAAGCUUUGCGCCGCCAAGCGGGCCAUUGUCGAGGCUCGGAAGGUCGAAUCUCACUUGGUCUCGUCGUCGGAGAGGCCGCCCAUUUUUAUGCUGAACAGAGCAAUUGAAACUUACGGGAAAUGCGGGUGUUUGGAAGAUGCGCGGGAACUAUUUGAUGAAAUGCCUCAGAGAGAUGGCGGUUCCUGGAAUGCGAUGAUCGCGGCGUAUUCUCAGUGUGGUUGUGCUGUGCGAGCGUUAGAUUUGUUCCUGCGCAUGAACAGGUCGGGAAUUUCUGCCAAUGAGAUUACAUUUGCUAGCGUGCUGGGGUCGUGUGCUGCCAUUUUGGCUCUUGUUUUGUCGAGGCAAAUUCACGGUCUUAUUGUGAAACGUGGCUUUUCUGGGAAUGUCAUUUUGGAGAGUUCUUUAGUUGAUGUAUACGGGAAAUGCCAGGCUAUGAGUGAUGCCAGGAGAGUGUUCGAUCAGAUUCAGUAUCCCAAUGCUGUAUCUUGGAAUGUGAUUGUCCGGCGGUAUCUUGACGCAGGUCGAGAAAGAGAGGCAGUGUUGAUGUUUUUUGAGAUGAUGAGGGUUAAUGCUAAGCCAUUAUGUUUCACCGUGUCUGCUUCCCUUAUUGCUUGUUCUAGAAUUUCUGCAAUAAAGGAGGGGAUCCAAAUUCAUGGAGUUGCAAUCAAGAUUAAUGCUGAAGAGAAUGAGAUAGUUUUAAGCUCUCUUCUACAUAUGUAUUUCUCAUGUGAAGAUUUGGAGAGUGCUUAUAGAAUAUUUGGCCUGUCCGAUUCCAAGAGUUUGAUUAAUUGUACUACAAUGGUUUCAGGGUUUGCUAAGACUGGGAGAACUCAAGAGGCAAGGAAGUUAUUUAACGAGAUGAAAGAACAGAGUGUGAUCACAUGGAAUGCGAUGUUGACGGGUUACACACGUUUCUCUCAAUGGGAAGAGGCAUUGGACUUUAUUUUUCUCAUGAUGAAGGAAUCUGAGGACAUUGAUUAUGUCACUCUUGGAUUAAUCCUAAACGUUUGUGCUGGCCUUUCCGAUGUUGAAUUGGGGAAACAAGUUCAUGGAUUUAUUUACAGACAUGGUUUCCAUUACAAUCUUUUUGUUGGCAAUGCCCUUCUUUCCAUGUAUGGGAAAUGUGGGAACUUAAGAAGUGCUAGUGUUUGGUUCUGUGAAAUGAGCCAUUGGCGGGAUAAAGUUUCUUGGAAUACUCUGUUGACUACAUAUGCUCGUCAUGGGUUGAGUAAUGAAGCAAUGGAGGUGUUCAGGGAGAUGCAAGGGGAGACAAUGCCUAAUAAAUUUACUUUUGGGACCCUUUUAGCUGCUUGUGCAAAUAUUUUUGCCCUUGAACAAGGGCGACAAAUCCAUGGUUUCAUGAUUAGAAAUGGUUAUGACAUGGAUCUUGUUAUUCGGGGAGCUCUGGUUGACAUGUACUCUAAAUGUCGUAGUCUUGACUAUGCUCUCAAGGUUUUCAAAGAGGCAGUACCACGAGAUGUAAUUCUUUGGAACUCCAUCAUUUUAGGAUGUUGUCACAAUAAAAGGGGUCAAGAUGUACUUGAACUGUUUGGGUUGAUGGAGAAAGAAGGUAUCAACCCAGACCAUGUCACGUUUCAAGGUAUCUUGCUAGCCUGUAUUUUUGAUGGGUGUGUUGAGGCGGGUAGGCAGUAUUUUAAUUCAAUCAGCACAAAAUAUGGUAUAAUUCCACGGCUGGAGCAUUAUGAGUGCAUGAUAGAACUCUAUGGUAGGUAUGGAUUCAUGGAUGAGCUUGAGGAUUUUGUCAAGACGAUGCCAUUUGAUCCUACUGCUCCAAUGUUGACAAGAGUCUUCGAUGCUUGUAGAGAACACAAGCACUUGAAGUUGGGAGAAUGGGCCGCUGAUCAACUAAAUAAACUGAAUCCUUGAGU